CGACUCAACAGCGCCUCCGCUGGUGAAUCGUGCACCCAACAAUCCUGUAUAGUUAGAACUCACUCACCUGCAGUCUAGACACUUAUUAACCAAUUUUAUUGCUAUAUCAACCCUGACACAUGUGCACAAGGCGUUAGACAUUAACCAACCUCAAUUUUCUAAACGUCAUCAUUUCUCCUGACUUUUUUUGUCUUUGUUAAUCUUUUAACGGGGUCGGGUGUUCGACGCAACUAUUUGUAUCCCGCCAUUAAAUUUUCCAACAAUGUUGCUCCACUUUAAAGUUAAUCUGCUUGGCCCGUGUUCACGAUGUGUGCAUGUCGCCUGCGCGCUCCCGUUUUUUUGACCACGGGGACGCGCGCAGUUACAUCUUGGGGCCGAGACGUCUGGAGUUCAGAGUGUGCGGUACCACCGAACAAGUCUUGGGAUGUUCGUGGAUUAUAAAACGGAUCAUUUGACGUCUGUGGAUUCCUUCUUUUUUUUUUAAUCUUUGUAUUUUGAAGAGGAAGAAACAAGAAUAACUAACUCCAUUCUUCUGCGACGACAUUGUUCUCCCGAGGCAUGGUUCUGAGCUCCGGCCGAGAGCAGGGAGCGACACCCGGGCUCCGUCAGUGUACCCUCGCCCCUUCGCGGAGCCUUCCCAGCGUAUCUGAGAGGAGAUGAGACCCGCGCUCUAUCAGCUCCUCGCCGGCUGCUUCUGCAUCUUACGAGCCGCUGCGGAGCAAGAGUCCUCGAUUCCGCGGGAGCUUGUGGAGCGGCUCUCCCGCAACGAAAUCCGGAGCAUCAACGACCUCCAGCGGCUGCUUGAGAUAGACACCGAGUUGAUCGAGGAGACCAAACACGACUAUGACAAGGUCUUCUCUCACGCCUUCCCGGAAGUUAAGCAAGAGCACACGCAUGCGCGUUACAGGCGGAGCACUGUGGUGGAGGAGGCCUUGCCCGCAGGCUGCAAAGUGCGCACCACCAUUUACGAGAUCCCUCGCAGUCAGGUGGACCCCACCGCCGCCAACUUCAUCAUCUGGCCACCGUGCGUGGAGGUGAAGCGCUGCACAGGCUGCUGCAACACCAGCAACAUGAGGUGCCGGGCGGCCCGCAAGCACCACCGGAUCGUCAGGGUAGCCAAGGUGGAGUAUGUGCGGCGACGGCCCAAACUGAAGGAAGUGCAGGUUCGACUGGAGGACCACCUGGAGUGCUCGUGCGCUAACAGGCGCAAUCCCAACUCCAACACGGACAACGGCAUCAGGUGAAGAAAGUAAACGCACGAUGGAAUAAGAGCAGCAGUUGGGACAACAAGAACAAGACAAGGAUAUACUGCACAUUUUUCACGCUAUCAUGCUCGCGGAACUUUCCGUAGAGGGAGUGUUGCCGACACCUUUCCGGACCUUUGAUGGAAAUUUGACCCACAAAGGCGAGCGGGCUAACAGGAGCCUGUUGUUCCUCAAUGGAGAAAUGGGAGCAAAGGGGAGGUGGGAAUUCUUGUACACGGUAACCCUCUCAUCAUCUUGGAUUAUAUAUAUCCCCUUCGGAGGGUGGAAUUAAGACUUUUUUGAAUAUUCUCACAUCUAUCUUGCACAUCAUGCUCGCUCUUGUUUGUAUGACCGCUUGUGCUAUGCUUAUCGUCGCAAAAAAAAAGAAGGGGAAACAUCCUGAUAUGUAACCGUUACUAAUAAACUAUUUAUACAGGAGCAUUUAUCCUUAAAGGGAA